UACAUCAGGAUUUUCUCUGGCAAACAAAACAGAUAAAAUAUUAAGUGUUUCACAGUGUUCUUAGCAGAGGCUGGUUGGUCUGUUGAACACUCUUGCAGUCCUCUUUUCUCGUCAUUGGAACCUUUAAGAAACAUCUAAAAUCCGGAACAGGCCGAGAUGACAUUUGAUUGGUCAAACUUUACCGUCCAUCUGGAGGACUCUCUGACUGGGGCUAUGGGCCGCUAUCUUGACAACUGGCGUCGGAACACCUCUGAGGCUGAGCAGACACUGGAUAAAAUACUGGCAGAGGAGAACUUCAGAAAUGUGAUCUGGUACCUGAUAGUGAUGAUUGGCAUGUUUGCUUUCAUCAUGGUGGCCAUCUUGGUGAGCACAGUCAAGUCCAAGAGGAGAGAGCACUCAGAUGACCCCUACCAUAAAUAUAUAGAGGAGGACUGGACGGCCAAUAUACAGCAAAGUAAUGUCAUCACCAACCCCACAGCUACAGACCGCAUUUAGAUACAUCAAUACAACAGAUAGAGAAACCCACAUGGUUCUCAGACACACAGAUAAACACGCAGAGAGACCAAAACUGACAAGUGCAUAACUGCCUUGAUUACUACAAUUGGUUGGUUGUGGAUGUACUUAGCUUUCUAUCAGAAUAAAGUUGUCUAAUGAUG